ACUCAGGUGAGUAACUUAAGAUUCCCUGGGUUCCAUUUCCAGUACUUUAAAAAAAUUUAAAGAAGAAAAAGCCGGUGCACACGUGGUGCACAUGCCUGUGAUCCCAGCACUUACCAGGCUGAGGCAGAAGGAUCCUGUUGAGUUCGAGGCUCGCGGGGUGGGGUGCUGGAAGCGAUCACAGCCCAAUAUGCAGACUGGCAGACCAAGACUCAGAGAGGGGCAGCCAGGGCCGUGGAGAUCGUGGGUGGCCGGGAGGCGCGACCCCACGCGCGGCCCUUCAUGGCAUCGCUACAGCUGAGCCGGACGCCAGGGAGCCACUUCUGCGGGGGGACCCUGAUCCACCCCAGCUUUGUGCUGACGGCCGCCCAGUGCCUGCAGGACAUCCCCGCCCACCUGGUGACCCUAGUGCUGGGCGCCCACGACCUGCAAAGCUCGGAGCCAGAGCAGCAGCGAUUCACCAUCAGCCAGGUGUUCUCCAAUAACUACGACCCGGAGGACAACCUCAACGACGUGCUGCUCCUACAGCUGGACCACCCGGCCUCCCUCGGCGCUGCAGUGGCGGAGGCCAGGCUCCCCCAGCAGAACCAGCCACUGUCCCAGGGCACCCGGUGCCUGGCCAUGGGCUGGGGCCGCCUGGGCACCCGCGCGCCGACGCCCCGCGUCCUGCAGGAGCUGAACGUGACCGUGGUCACCUUCCUGUGUCGGCCACACAACGUGUGCACGCUGGUGCCGCGGCGCAGCGCGGGGACCUGCUUCGGAGACUCAGGAGGCCCCCUAAUCUGCGACGGCGUCCUGCAGGGCGUGGACUCCUUCGUGAUCCGCGCGUCUGCCACGCGCCAGUUCCCAGACUUCUUCGCGCGGGUGUCGCUGUACACGGACUGGAUAAACUCAGUGCUGCGCACAGCCCGGGCCCGGGCCCCCGCGGGCGCCACCUGGCCCUAACGGGGACUUUGAACAGAGAGCACCUCCAGGGAGGAGGCUCCUUCCUUCCGGGCCCAGCGCUGUCCUCUGUCCGUGCGAAGUCAAUAAAGGUCGAAACCCCCACC